AUGUGCUACGCCAUCGUAGGGAUUCCACUUGGCCUCGUAAUGUUCCAGAGCAUCGGUGAGAGAGUGAACAAACUUUCCUCAGUAGUGAUCCGUAAUGUGAAACGUUUGCUCGGUUGUCGGAACAUUGAAGCGUCCGAGAUAAACCUGAUAUUCGUAGUGACGACCCUAUCAAGCCUCACGAUUGCCGGGGGCGCAGCGGCGUUCAGCCGCUAUGAAGGAUGGUCCUACUUCGACUCUGUCUACUAUUGCUUCAUCACCCUGACGACAAUCGGGUUCGGGGAUAUGGUCGCCCUCCAGAAGGACGACGCCCUCGACAAGAAACCCGAAUAUGUGGCCUUUUCCUUGGUCUUCAUCCUCUUCGGCUUGGCCAUAGUCGCUGCUUCGCUCAACCUCCUAGUCCUCAGUCUAUUCUAUAAUGAUAUUUAUAAUGACUACUUCACCAAUUGA